AAAACAAUUGCAAAACGUGAUUUUAAUUAGUUGGAUCAGCAAAUAACCAUCUUCAAUACUUCUAUAUUUCUGGCCAUACAUCUCUUUGAAAAGUUUCAUUAUAGGUUCUUCUGAUCAGCAUGUUGGUUCCUAAAAAACCCACCAGAGACCUUGCAGAUCUCCAGCACUUGUCCUCUGACAUCAGGCAGUAAAACUCUUUUGGUUCUAAUUGAAGCUUUUAUUUUCAGCGCAGGUGAAGCUAGUUACUCAUUAUCUAAAUGUUUGCGAACGGAAUCAUUUGUGCAACUACUUCAAUGCUAAUAAAACAGAAAACAAAGAGUGAUGAAACGGCCAGACCAUCUCAUUUGCCUCUUAUUUCCAUUUGUGUUCCAUUACAGUUUGGCCCUGUUUACGUCUGUAGAUAAGUGAAAGACCCAAAACAUGCAAAGUCGACAUUUGCUUAUCGGCUAUUUUAGCAAGGUACAUUUGUAUUUACAUGGCUAAAAAUAUGGAGGAACCGGCUAUGCUUUUCGCACAUAAGCUGUUAGGGAGGAGGGGGAGGGUUCGAUGGGGCUUCCUCUUUGUGGUCCCUGUUGGUGACACCAGCACCUAAGCAACCGUCGCAGGGCAUAAAAAGCAGAGCCGGAUACGCAGAAGGGAAACCUGUAGAGCGUCAAGUGCAGUAUGAUCACUAGCAGGAGCGCAUGGCUGUGGAUUCCUGGGCAAUAAGCCCUCGCUCUACCAUGCCUGGCCUAAUCCCACAACCUCUCCCAACACAUUUCAACAUGGACAGAGACGACUACAGGAGAAACAAGACCUUAGGAAAGAACCUCAUGUGCCGACUAAAGUGUUUGUUCACCAGUUCAUCUGCUCCUGAGAGGCUAAGUUUAGAAGACACCCAACAAUGGUCGCAAUCUUUGGAGCGUCUUCUCGGCUCCAAAUAUGGCCUGGCCACAUUCCGCACCUUUCUGAAGUCGGAGUUCAGCGACGAGAACAUCGAAUUCUGGUUGAAGUGCGAGGACUACAAGAAGAUAACGUCGUCCCAUAAGAUGAGCUCGAAGGCGAGGAAAAUCUUCGAGCAAUUUGUGGAAGCUGAAUCUCCGAAAGAGAUAAACAUCGACUAUCAAACACGGGAGGAAAUCAAGAGGAAAGUGAAGAGUCCGACGCCGCAGUGUUUCGACGAGGCUCAGAAGAUCGUUUACGGACUGAUGGAACGUGACUCUUACCCCAGAUUUCUACGGUCUGAGAUGUACAAGACCCUUCUUGAGUCCUUUGCUGCUAAUGCGGAUAAUGCUCAAACAUGACUCUAUGGAUAUAUCACACCAAAGCUAAAACUGGAACGGUCUGGUCUUGUAUGCAGGUCCAGAACCCUAAAGCUUGCGCCCCUGCUGUGUGGAUCAGACCCCAAAAGACCCUUGAGACUAGAAGGAGACAAUAUGGAGCGAUGGUUGGGAAUGUGCCAUUGAUAUCAAAGUCCAACACGUUACUGAAGCAGCAUUAGUGCUUCUUAACCGAGGGUGCUUCCUGUGUAGAUAAGGAUGCAGCUCCUUCAAGCCCUUCCGGUGGUUUCUGAAGCUACAGUGUGGGCGCAACACUAUUUUAUUUUCCUGGCACUUCCAGAAGAUCUUUAAGAACUUCUUCACCAUGUCCUAUAAUGACUUUAGUAAUGAAAAGCUACCUCAGCCAAUUGGUUGAGUUAGUUUGGACACUUUUGUGAGAGGAACUUGACACAUCCUAUUUCAACAUCAGUGUCUUCUUGCCACACAGAUGUAUAACAUUAAAGAAAGUGUGACUUUAUUACCUUCUCGAGAGGUCAAGUUUAAAUAUAUAUAAUAUACAGUUGUAGCAUAUGUGCCACACACAAUAACUGUAGGCAUUACCUGUAAUGUUAUAACGUUUAAUUUAAAUAAAUAUGUUUUCUAUUUAUUAGCCACAGCCACUGGUUGGAUGUUGAUUUUUGUUCUGUCCACUGUCAUUUUUGAGGAGAAUAAAAUAAAGAUUAGACACUGUUGAA